AUGGCUACAGCUGCUGCAUACCAUGAUAAUAAUAAUACAUAUGACGAUAAUCUUGAAACAAUUUCUCUUCUCUGGCUAGAUGCCGCAGUCCAUACUAGUGAAGCAAAUCAAGAAGCACAACAACAAAUUCGUCCCAUCAUCAAUCAUGUAACGACAUUUGAACAUGAAAAUCUAUGCGAGCAAUACAUUCGAUCUAUCUCCAUGCAGAAUCGACUUGUCCUUACUGUUAGUGGAAGAUUAGAUCAAGAAAGUAGUAUCUCGUAUUCAUCAUAUUCGACAACUAUCAUCUAUCUAUGUUUAUUGUAUGGAUAA